AUGCCGAUCGCGUUUGAUCCGCCAUUUGUCGAGUUCGGCGACAAUGCUGUGGGUCACUCUGUGAAACGACGUGUGUUCAUUAGAAGCCUGCUCCAGAAGCCUAUUACACUAGAUUCUAUUGCUGGAGCUACAGUGAAUUUUCACAUAUCGUUCUUCAACACCGUUGAAAUCGCUCCUCUUGGUACUGCAUUUUUCGAGAUUGUAUUUCUUCCUCGUGAGGAAGGCCGGACAAGCGUUGCCAUUAACAUACGCACUUCCGUUGGAAUCUUCAUAUAUGAACUUUCUGGUCGCUCUUCCUCGAAUCCUUAUCGUAUUGCACCAUUCGUUGGUACUCGUUUGCCGUUCAACGGCACAAUUUCUAAAGAUAUUGUCCUUCACAAUCCAUUCACUAGUACUUUCAGAAUUACGGAGGUAGUAUCGUCUGGUGGUAAUGUGCAUGUCGAGAUGGCCUAUGAUAUAGACGGGAAAGUAGCAGGAGAACCACUUCAAUAUUGGGAUAUUCGUCCAUUUCAAACUAAAACAGUCUGUCGCGCCGUCAUUGUCGGUCACACCUUGGAGAAUACUACCGCUUUCGUUCGAUUCACAGGAUUACUUCUGGAUCAUGAUGGGUAA